UUCUGUCUUUCAUCUUCAAACUUUGAAUUACUGCCGAAAGGUUAAUUUCUGAGUGUCCUUUGCAUCAAAUGAUGCAGCGUUAAUCUGUCUUAGCUGCUGUAUAAGAUGCAACACGCAUUUUUAUGCGUGCGAGAUAAGAUGCGCUUAAUUAACGAAGAUUAUCAGUAUCCACCAAUUUCCCUGUACGAUAAAUCGUGCUUUAUAAUAGUUUUUUUCCGUCUCGUGACAGUCUGUUUUAAGCUUCAUUCGCAUCACUUAAACGAUGAAUUCGCUACUCUCAUGGACCCGGAUACUUGACUUAGACAGGUCACUGGUCCUCAAUUACACUAAACAUAUUUUCCACUCUCAUCUGAACGCCACUUUCGGUGUUGCCGAGGGCAGAUGGGUUGAGCCCGAAGUUAUUUCGUUAAUCUUAGAAUCAACAGCAUUGAUCCAGAGGCAUUGGAUUCUCGCACUCAUUUUAUUUAUUUUCCUCACAUUUUUCAUUUACAACACAUUUUUCCCUGCAUAUUAUUGCCAAGAUUUGAGCGGUAUUGACGGAGAUGCUCAUUUUAAGUUAGAGUCUGAGUCAAGAAAUUUUGGGCUGUCAACCAAAAGGCGGCUAAUAAAUCGCCUUCGCACUGAUUCAAGGUUUUCGAACUUACCACUCUAUCCGAAUGGGUGGUUUUGUCUUUUGGAAUCUGCUUCCCUCCGAAAUAAUAAAGUCAAAUAUGUAUCUGCUUUAGGGGAAAAUUUUGCUGUUUUUCGGACUUCAACAGGCAAAGUGCACAUUGUUGAUGCCUAUUGCCCUCAUUUAGGAGCUAACCUAGGAGUAGGUGGUAUGGUGGAAAAAAAUUGCAUCACAUGUCCUUUCCAUGGAUGGAAGUUUGAUGGGGAAACUGGAAAAUGUACAGAUAUACCUUACAGUAAAUGCGAUAUACCUGAGUCUGCAAAGGUUAGAACUUGGAGAUCUCGUGAGGUGAACCGUUUGAUUUUUGUAUGGUACCAUGCUGAUGGAGGAGAACCAACAUGGGAGCCAAAACCGAUUCCUGAAAUAGAGAGUGGAAAAUAUUGGCUCGUCGGUAAAAUUGAUUACGACGUCGGUGCACCACUACAGGAUAUAAUGGAAAAUGCAGCCGACUUUGCCCACAUGAACUUUAUACACACGUCCUUGCCUUUUGUUGGAAUUAGAUUGGACAAUUUUUGGGAUAAGUUGUCAAAAAUUAUUAAAUUAUUUUAUCGGGCCAGCUGGACACAUGAUCCUAAGGAGCCUCAUGUAGCAACCACACAGAUCUUUGGUGACUUGCAAUUUAUGAACAAAUACAGUUUGGUUAAAAGUAGUGCAACGGUGACAUGUGUUGGCCCAGGGUUAAUAGAAAUCAGUACCAAACUAGCGAUUGGGUUUGGGGGUGCUGUGGCAACACAUUGUUUCACGCCCAUCGGACCAUUUCAACAAAGGUCUUUAUUUCUAUGGUACUCUCAUCCUACGACUAUGGUAAUAGGUCGAAUGAUUCUCAAUAGUGCGCUAGUAAACCUUGAGCGAGAUAUAUUUAUGUGGAAAUACAAAGGCAUUGCAGCAAAAUCGAUCCUCGUGAAAGAGGAGGCACAAAUGAAGGCAUUCAGGCGUUGGUACAGCCAAUUUUUUUCUGAAAAUACUCCUCGCUUAAAGUUUCAAGUUGAUGCGUUAUGUUGGUGAUGAAAGGCAGAGAGUUAAAUACGUUUUAAUUCCCUUACGUGGUUGUGCUAUUUAUGUAUUCCCACAGAUACACGACGACGUGCAGGAAAAAUAAGUAGCUGCUCGAAUGGCUCCAUGUAAACGUAUCUAUUCCAAAAAUUAAAAAUCAUUAUCUCUAAUUACUCCUCCUUCCUAAUCCAAAAUAAACCAAUAAGUUGUCGGAACAAACGAUUUUAUCUCCAGUUAAACGAGUAGUUUAUACAUUUUGCCGCUCCUCUGGCGUAAGGGUGUAUCUCUAUUUUGGAAUGAGCUCCAUUAUUCGUAAAAGCCCUGCUUCUCUGACAAUAUCUUUGCUGUAAGGCACCUCUGUAAAAAAAAACAAAUUCUACUACUAAAUAUCCAAUAAAUCCCACUGACGGUAA